AUGGUAAUUCAGGAAUAUUGUUCUGGUGGAGAAAUGUUCACCAAAGUCAGAACCGGUCCAAAUAUUCGCGAAUCCGAGAUCAUCCGAUAUUCCCUUCAAAUUAUUUCAGCGAUAAAUUACUUACAUACAAGAAAUAUUAUGCACCGUGAUAUCAAGUUAGAGAAUAUAGUACUUGACAAUAACGGCGAUGCGAAAAUAAUCGAUUUUGGUCUAUCUGAAGUUGUAAAUGACGUGAAUCUUAAAACACAUUGCGGAACCCUAAUAUACAUGGCUCCAGAAAUGCUUUCCCAAAGACAAUUUGAUGGAAAAGCUGUUGAUAUUUGGGCAAUUGGAAUUUGCAUUUACGCUAUGGUUACAAGGACAUUUCCUUGGAAAUCAACCACUGACGAGGAACUUUUACAUGAAAUUAUUCAAGCAGAUAUUUUCUUUCCAAACUUUGUUUGCCCGACUAUUUCAGAAUUAUUACAUGGAACACUUGUUAAAAAUCCAAGCGAAAGAGCUCCAGCUGCAGAGCUUAUAUCAAUAAUCUCAAGAAGUGCGCUUCCAAGAGGAAUAAGUAAGUACGCGAGUAAAACUCAUUACAAUGAUGAGAUUUUAUUAGCAAAGAGAAAAAGAUGCCUCCAGCAAAGAUAUUUAUUAAGCCUCACAAAUCAAUUGAUAUUCCUUUCUUUAGAUAUCCAAAACAGAUGUCGAUGA